UUUGUUUGCUCGUCAUUCCCUUUUAACUCUCGAAAAAAAAACAUUUCCUGUAUUCCAUGCCAACAACCGAAAAAUCCACCCACGCACACUCCGAUGUUCUUUUUUAAAUCGAUUUAACAAAACUUUCCAGACAAUCUCGACUAUAUUUAAACACGCACGUUGUUAAAUCAAUAUUUAUUGCGCCGUUUGCAAAUAUUACACAAUAUUCACGCAGUUUUAAGUUAUUUUCCGUUCAAAUUGGAAGAUUUAAGAUUUUGCGGCGUUUUGAAUCUCCCGCCGCGGCUAUCUCUUCGAAAAGCCGGCUGAUUUUGACAGCUGUUAGAAAUCCGACCGGCUGAUUUGUCCACGUGAAAUUUAGAAUAUUUUCGUCUGGCACGCAGUGUUUAUUUUUAUACGUGAGGUCGUAUACAUACAUCCGCAUUAAAUUAAAUCAUUUUACGCAUUUAUUACGCGAGAUUUUGUAAUGGCAAACUCGUUCGAUCGACUGAAAGAACUGAAUUUGUCCCGCGACGAAGUGAACCGUAUCGGAGAAGCUCUGAAAAACGACGAGUUCAAGAAGUUGCUGGCCGACUACGUGGAAGAAAUCCAAGACCCGAAAAAUAGACAGAUUUACGAGGAUGAAGUGAAGGAAAUCGAGAGGGAACGAGGCCAGGAAGUGACUUUUUUACAUCCCACACCCGGUUAUGUGAUAAAAACCAGUAUUAACGGUACUCAAAAAGGUUUUAUAAACGUUUGUUCCAACGACAACAUAGACAAACCUUCUUCGAGCCCUACCUUUCAAGACGGAGCCCGAGGGCUUCAGUGGUCCCUUCCUCAUUCACUAGCACCUCCUCACGAAGACCUAGACAACAAAGGAGUAAGAUGUCAAGUGUAUGAUGUACUUUUUCACCCCGAUACUUUACACCUAGCUUCUAAAAGCACUGCAUUUCGUUCGGUACUUAAUAACACAGCCUUGGAGACUGUGGAGAAAAAUUUCAAUGUAGAAUUAGACAAGAAGAAUUUAAAAUUUCCUAAAAUGACCUACAAAGGCGUGAAAAGAGCCACCAUACUCCGGAAGGCUUCAAAAAUAAAACCUUCUGAAAAAACACCCGAAGAACAGGAAAUGUUUGAUAGGAUCUAUUCAGAAAUUGAUGAACAGCGUUCAAAAAACGUACACACCCCCAGUCCAAGGAAAUCUAAGCCCAGGAGAAACAGUAAUUCAGAAUUCUCAACAUACACCACCCCAAAGUAUCUAAUUAAACACAGAAGUCAUGUAGACAUGCAGGAUUUUACUGAAAAUAGAGAUGCUAAACUCAAUGUGGCCAUUCCUAAGGAGCUGAUCAUCGAAAUAGAUUUGCCCCUCCUCAAAUCCUCAGGUGAUAUGAACUUAGACGUAACCGAGAAAACAGUACAAGUAGUAAGUGAGAAACCUGCCAAGUACAAACUAAAUUUAACCCUUCCAUAUCACGUGAACGAGUCUGGUGGUACUGCUAAAUUCGAUAAGGAUUUGAAGAAGCUCAUGGUUACUUUACCAGUAAGGAGGAAAAACAGUUAUGAGUUAAAUAGGUAUGAUAGUGGUGUUGAGAGUGAUCCUAACUGUCCAGGAACUCCUGAAUCGGAGGAAGAAAUUGAAAUUGUGAUUGAAAAUAGUGAUAAACCUUGUGAUGAAGUAGUGAAAAAUGGUUCAGGGGAAGACAGGACUAAAGUGAGUGAUGAUUUUCUUGAUGCUAGUGAUUUGUAUAACCUCCCCGAGUAUACCUGCAAUGUAUUUGAUAAUGUUGUAGCUUUUACAUUCAAUGUUAAAAAUGUUGAUGAUAAGACUGUCGAGAAAAGACUAUCUAGAGAAGAGUCUCUAAUCAAAGUUAAGUUUACUAGUAUUAGUCCUAGUUUUUAUCCUACUUGUUAUGCAUUUUAUGUGAAAUUCUAUCAACAUAAGUUUAUAGAAGAAGAUGUAUCUAUUGAAACAUGGGAUAAUAACGUUAUUUUGCAAGUUCCUUUACUGGCUAGUGAGGUAGAGUUUAAGAGUUAUUUUUGUGGGUUGAAUCAAGAUGAUUUGAAGGAAAAGUACAUUGAGGAACCUGCUAUAAUUAAUAAGGUUUUGGAAGAAACUGAAGAUGAGGUAAAGAGCCAGUCUGAUUCUUCAGCUAACACUUCUCCUGUUCACGAAAAUCGCAACUCUGUCACAGAAGAAACAAAUAAAAAGGUUCAGAGUAGGGCUAUUGACAUUAUGGCAAUGUCCUACGAGUCUAGUGGUGAUGAGCUGAGUGCGAGUAGUUUUUCACCGAGAAAAAGUAAAGGAAUUUUGAAGAGGAUCUCACAUAACAGGUCUAAAUUCGGCAGAAGUGUAUCAGAGUCAAGUCUGGAUGAUUUUGUAAGUUCUUCUUAUGAAACCUGUCAUCAUGGCAGUAUUGAUUGUGUUCCGGAAGAUGUCAAGGAAGAAGAUGAGGAACACAUGUCGUGUAGUUUGAAGAAAACUGUCAGGUUUAAUGAUGUCAUAAUGAAGCAAUUGUUUAGGUCCAAUUCCAGCAUUCUGGGUCAGAAAAAGAAAAACCAACGGAAAGCCCGCAAUAAAAAACGUGCCCAAGAACGGAGGUACAGCGAGAGCGAGGCCUCUGAUGUUGAAACCAGUAAGAAGGAGGGAGAUAUCCAGACUAAUGACCGCUCAGGAUUAAGGGAAGAAUCCAGGGAGAAAUCCAUGGAUUACAAGAAGGACGAUGGUGAUAUUUUCCAUUUCGAAAUGAGCAAUUAGUCCUAGGGUGACUAUAGAGUCUUUUCGAAAAAAAAUCGUAGUUUUGUUUUUAGUACCGUAUCUGUGUACCAAGCUUUAUGUUCCGCACCUCCUUAAGAUGGUUUUAGGUUAUGUUUUGUGUCCUUAUGAAAAAUAUGAUCCACUUUUAUGAUGUAUGUUCUUUAAAACAAAUUUUGUUUUGUUUCAAAAAUGA